AUGUUUCAUAAUGCAGCCACAUCGCUUUCGAGCCUUUCAACUCGGCGCUCCUGUCGUCCCACACACAGACAUCGCCGUCGACAUGUCUACACCCAGGAGCAUUCCUGUUCUUCCUCAUCUAGUGGCCAACUGAUGGAUGGCCACCCACCCGUUCGUCGGCCACCCUCCCGACUCAGCUUUGUGCGUCGGCCUCUCGCACCUGCUCAUCUCGCCGAUGGACAUCUGGCCUCCCCCCUUUUAAUGUCUUCUAAUUCGGGUAUAACCAAGAGUAAUGACAGUAGCUGUAUAUCUGCUAUUGGUGCCAAUACCAACCACUCCUGGAGUAGUCGAUCUAGUCGUUUUACUGGGCCUACUUCAACUUCGAAUCCUACCUCGGAUGUCCCAACUACUUCUUCCUCGUUUGUUUCUGCCGCGUGCUUGUCCAGCUGGCAGCCACAACCCCCUGAGGCACUGUUGAUCUCUGGAAGCGCAGACACCACACUCAAGCUCUGGCGCCUCUCUGCCACAGCCAGCUGGUCACGCAUUGCUUGCGCUGCCACUCUCCAGGGCCAUACAGAUACCGUACGAUGUGUGCAGGUCUGUUUUACUGGCCAAGCUGAUAAAAUGACUCGGAAAAUUCCAUAUAAAGAGUUGCUUAGUAACCUAUUUAUUUCUAUAAAAGCUGUAGUUACCUUAAUGGGCCUACUUGCCUGCCAAAUGAUAUUCUCAUCCAGGGUUUCAAAUUCGCUUUGA